AUCAAAACCAAAAGCUGGUACGUUAGCGAACGCCACUUUAACUGUUUUUGUCUGGGUAAGCAACUUUCACAAGUUGCCGUGUGCAUUUAUAGAAGUCAGCUUUUCUCGUUGAAAUUCCUAUUAGCCCCAGUGCAGCCAUGGCGUGUGGAGCUACUCUGAAGAGGACCAGGGAUUUCGAUCCUCUCAGUCCUGCGUCCCCCAAAAGGCGCAGAUGUGUCCCUAUGUCCCCCUCAUCGUCUUCGUCUCCUAGGAAAUACCUCAGCAUGGAGCCCUCGCCAUUUGGGGAACCCUCCUCACGACUGAGUGCAGAGCAAAUCCUCCACAGCAUCAAGCAGGAGUACAAACGCAUCCAAAAGAGGAAGCAGCUAGAUUUAGGCUACCAACAGUCUGAGUGUUGCUAUUCUCCAGACUCGCCAUCCCAGUCAUCCACCAUGGGCGUUUCAAACAUACCAGGAACAUCAUCUGGGCAAAUUUCCCCACCUAGGAAAGAACAACCAUUAUUCACCCUCAGACAAGUUGGAAUGAUCUGUGAACGUCUUCUUAAAGAAAGUGAAGAGAAGGUGCGGGAGGAGUACGAGAAGACCUUGACUUUAAAGUUGGCAGAACAAUACGACACCUUUGUGAAGUUCACACACGAUCAGUUAAUGCGACGAUUCGGAGAGCAACCUGCAAGCUAUGUUUCCUGAGUCUGACCGAGUUGCCCCGGGACAGGCUUCUCUUGCUGCAAACUUGUGACAUUGCAAGAAAUAAAAGCUCAUUGUUGUAAGAGAUUGUUUAGUGAGUUUAAAAUAAAUUUUUUUCUUACUGUGCCAUAUUUGUCUCUUGGCAAAGGUUUAUAUGACGCUGUUGUUGCCGCUCUGUUGCGACCGGGUGCUUCCUGAUGUAAACGGACCCUAUCUCUACCUGUGGCCUGUGUUCUUCCUGCUCUGCCUGUAUCAACAUUUAGCCCCCUUUUGUAAUGAUUCCCAGCAUUCCAAGCUUUCACAUCGGUUCUUUUUAUUACAUGUAAAUAUGAUCAAGCAGUUUAGAAUUUUACCAUAAGGGUUGCUGCUUAUUCUGUAACCAAGUGGAAGAAACUGUUCAUUGCUUUUAUUUCUCUCUUUCACUCUCCCCCUCUUAGUGAGGGUUUUAUUUAUUUGGACUUUUGUUUGGCUGGUAUCACUGAGCCCAAUAUAGUUACUGGAAAAUAAAAGCAUUAACAUC